GCCAGAUCGAUGAGGCUCUAUUCCCUUUUAUUGUUGAACGCCAAAUGGGGUAGCAGCAAUUCCCACUUUUAACGUCUUUUGGUCUGACGCGGCCAUGGUUUGAACCCUGACCUCCCGGUUGUGAGACGGACGCUCUACCAACUGAGCCGACAUUAUAGCGGAAAGACAGCGAGUUAAAAUGAAAGACAAUAAUGGUGAAAUAUUCGGUCCAAAAGGUCCAACGGGCAAAAGUGGAUAGUCGAGGAAAAUCGGAGCAAAUAUCUUAAUUUAUCCCAUUAGGAAAGGCUCUAGCACUGGAUUUACAGAAAAUGAGAAUUCAAUGGUAAAACGGUAGCGCAUCAAACGUUAUAUACUAUACUCUUUAAAAAUAAAGAGACAAACACAUUUGAUAAUCAGUAUUUGACUGAUUCAGAGGUAAGGAGAGUAUUACAUAGGGACAGGGUGGUGCCAUUUGAAUAAGGUGUGUGGCGACCUGGGGUCGACCUUCAUUCUCAGACUGAAGGAAUAUUAUGGGUAUUAAGAGUUGCAUGACAAAGACCUCUCCUUGUACUCUUCUUCCUAGGCUUGUUCAUUCCCCAUCUUUUUUUUUCUUCACUACUAAAAAAAAUCAUCGGGGCAGUACUCCUCCCCCCCCCCUCAGUGGAGCGUCACCACAGUCCCAAUUGACUACUGGCUCAUAAUUAUUCCCACGGCCUACAGAGACGACAGGCUGGUACGCGUAGCAAAUAGCAUAAGAAGUCAAUGAAAUUAGCUUAACGGCAGUCGUUUCUAAAAUAUAUAUUAUUCGUUCGAUUUGUUCUAAGUUUCAUUUUAGAUUUUAUCGGAAGAGGUUUAGGGACAGUGUGUUCUAAGGAGUGAAAACACUAUACGAUAUUAGAAUUAGCGUCAGGAAUGAAUUGAGAUUGAUGCGCCUGUAUGAGCACGGACCUUUCGUGUAAACAUGGUAAAGUGAAACUAAAAACACUUAGUUACAAGUAAUAAAAAUACCUUCAUAUACAAUCAUUGAAGCAAUAACAGUCAUAAAAUAAUAACCACUUGAUACCACUGAACCAUGCUAUAAAUAACUGCUGACGAACUUAACUCUGGGAAAUUCUGAAUGUCCUUCCUUGUGUUGCUAAUUUGCAUAAUCAUCACCUAAACGAUAUCUGAUUUGUUCGUGGUAUCAUUGAUGGGCGGGAAAUAUCGAAUGUCCAAUAGUUUUGGGUUAUGAUAUCAUUGCCUUCCAACCCACCCAUCCCUCUACACUUGUCUGAUAAUUUGUCACAGUGAAGAUACGGAAAUAUAUUUCUCCAGACCUUAUACUUAAGCUUUCCUGAACAAAGGCAAGACUAAAAACGAAAGCAAAAUUCAUUUACGAUACAGAGACAUAACCAUCAUUUAUUUGGUGAUAAAGCUUCUGUGUGCAUCCUUUUGAGAACUAACCUCGGCUGUUCUUACAUACUCCUUGAACGUAACAUCAGGUUCGUAUUGCAAGAUGGAGACUCAUUUCACUCUACACGAUGAAAGAUCCCAUCUCCUAGAGCAUGAUCUUUAUGAUAGUUUCUUCAUGGAUCAGUCCAGUACAUGGCAUCCUCAAUCAAUCGAGCAACGUCCGAAGAGCGAUUCUGGGGAUAGAUCUCCCCUGCCGCUGGUCACCCAAGUCACUCUGGGGUUCCUCGGUCUCUGGAGUCCGCACCGAAAAACGGAAUCAACGACAGUCAUCUCGUCACAUUCCGCUUGGGGGGAAGAAACACUGGGCAACAACAACUGCAGGAUCCAACAAGGAGACGACAAGGACGAUUCUUCCAAACAAUGUGUCGAUGAGAAUGACAGCGGGUACUGUGACAGGGAUGGUGACGAUGGAAAUCGGUCAAGGAAAACAUUAACUUUUGAUCGAAAGAAACGGUUGAUCGCUGUCAAUAUUUGCGCAUUCUCGUACCUCAUAUUAUGCUGUUCCCUGAUGGCGUACAACUUCAUUAAAUACAUGAAGUUCUACUGGGGGAAGAAAGAAGACGUUCUCCAUCUCAUAUCGUACUUCACGUACCUCUUCGAGGUCAUGGUCAUACCUUUUUGGUGUUUCUACGCUCGAAUCCUCUACCUGGUUCUUGGUCACCGCUGUCGGGAGUACUAUCCCCUCUCUCCUGCGUAUCUUUCAAAUCGCGUGGCGGUCCUGAAGGAUUCACGCUCCGGCGCCAAAGGCCUCUCUUGGCUUCGUUUAAUUUGCUUUCUGGUGUGGCCGUUGACCAAUGUCUCACUUCGAUUUGCCAACGACUACUACUUCCAAUCUUGUCGGACCCUGACAACCUAUAAAGAAACCACCCACUGGUGCGCUUUCUUUGGAUACAUAUUCUAUGGUAGUUUUUGCUACCUCGUCUACAUUGAACGCCUAUCGUUUGAAUGUGAAGUUCAUCAGAUUGCUACUUUCGCCCGCGAGCAGGCAUCGGGUAAUAACGUUGAUCUUGUCCGCAGGAGAAUUUCACAAUUCUACAAGAAUUAUAACGUGCUGCGUCGACUCAUCGGGGCGUGGGUGGCUUUCUCCAUUAUUGUGGCGACUUGGGGAAUUACUGCCCAUAUCAUUUGGAAUUACCUCAUUUUCAGCGAUAGCAAUAUCGACCCUCAAAACAUCCCGAUGUUGAACUUCCUCAAUGUGCUGAUCGGCUCACAGAAGAUUAUGUUCUUCGUCGUUCCAUUUUACGCAAUCGGGGGGCUCAAUCUAGAACACGUCUGGAAGCGUUUGAAGUACGAAAUUGUAAAAUGUCGACAGUACGACUAUGACGCAUACUGGACGGCCAUUAACAGAUACAUAUAUGAGAUCAAUGUCGACUACUCGGGUGACCUUACGCCAACGCUGAUCUUCAGUGCCAUCGGCUUUUACCUGGGUCAUAUCGGGAAGGAUUUCCAAGAGCAUACAAGGUGGAACUAUCCAAUGACCGACUGCCUUAAUGGGACACGUUACAAAUAGAGUCGAUGUACUUGUAAAUCUUCUCGAGGCCGGCCAGCGUGGCACCAUGCAAAUCGACAGUUAGAAAGACCACUGUUCAAAUUACAAACCUAUUUAGAUUGUUCAAAUUACAAACUUAUUUAGAUAUCCACUAUCACUUAGCUAACCGCUAGCUUUACACAGCAAAAACUGUGGUGUUAACCGGUGUACAUAGAGGACCACACCAGUUAUUUUACACCGGUGUUA